AUGCAUGAUAAAGUAAAACCAUUCUUGUUCCUCCUUCCGUCACAACACAAAUACAGUUUCAAUGACCAGGUUAAGCGGGAAAUUAGAAAGACUUUGUUGUUAUCGGUGUCAGAUAACGGGAAAUACCUCGAUAGUAUAUUUCCAGAGCUACUAGAUCCACACGAGCAACUCGAGAAGGACUUGAAUUGGGAACUAUCAGAGUAUGUGAAAUUGCUUGCGACCACUAAACGUGGGGAUGAUGUACAGGCACACUUUGCCACACACCCAAAUAGACCAUGCUCAAGGGUAUUCAGACGCGGAGAGCCGAUAAUUAGAUGUUUGACUUGUGCGUUUGACCAAUCUUGCGCAUUGUGCUCGUAUUGCUAUGAGCCCUCGGAACAUGUAGGUCAUGACAUUAGCAUCCAGAUUUGCGUCCGUGAUAACGGAGGGGUGUGUGACUGCGGGGAUUCAGAGGCUUGGAAGGCAUCCAGUAAAUGUGCUAAUUCAGGUGGACAUUAUGGGAAUUUCAAUCAAUCACUCCCUUCAGAGUUCCAGAGUGCGCUAAGUAGAACAUUUGGUACAGUCCUAGACUUUAUUAUUGAUGUUUUGAUGAACACAAACAUGCAAUUUACUUCUGCACUGGAUAUUAGUGUGGAAACGGUGAAACGAAAUUUCGAAUUGAGCACAUUGAGCCCCCACAAGUACGGCUUAUGCUCGGAGCACUUGUCUGACAAAAGCAAUGGCAAAUUCUUUCUACAAGUUUACAACGAUCAAGUUAAACACUUUAGAGAUGCUGUACAACGCGUUCGUUUGGCCAGUGGGAAGUCGAAGGAGUUUGUAAAUAUGGUAACUGAGAGGGCGCACAAGUUUGGAAAAGCAGAAGUGUUGGUGUCGAGUGACGUCCGUGUUUUGUUGGAAAGACAGAAGAUCUUGAGUGCCACUGGACUUGCAUCCGCCAUAAGAAGUGCAAGAGACGUCUUUCGAGAGUCAAUGGUCUAUGAACUUAUUUCCUGGCUCAGUGACUUCACUGAGAGUGAGUUUUUCAGGCUAAAUUACACGGCAGAGAAUUCAUUUGCACAAGCUUUUUGUGAGAUAUGGAGAUCUGGGUUGCUCAAUGUACCUGAAGGUAAGCGUGUUGGAAAUCGUCGUGCUGGUGUAAUGGGUGAUGAGUUUAGCAUUCCUAAAAUCACUAGUGAAAAGCAUCAAACGAUGUGGCUCGAAGAAGGGUUGCAAAACAGCAUUGGAGUAGUUUGUGAAUGUUGCGGGAACUCUGAAAUAGGAAAAAAUCUUGCUGUUGGAUCACGUUUACAAUAUUUGAUGUUUCUCAAUUUAAGAUUGUGGAAAGCUGCCCGCGAAUUGCUGCAUAUAAUGUAUUCGACUUCGUUGGUCACCAAUAUUAAGUUCAAACAAGUCAUGUCCAGCCAGUACAUGGAGAUGUAUAUUGCAGCCACUGAUCAAUUUCUAUCUUUAGAUAGAGAGCCAGAAUUCAACAUCAUGUUUAGUCUCUCCAUGCAGCUUUUUGCAAGUCAGCGCAAUUCCGAGGCAAUUAUUGAACAGGGCAGUUUCGUUUUGAUUCUUUCCGCGAUAUUUGUGUUUUUGACUUCGGAAACAAUACUGGAACAGACUCUAAACAACACUUCCAGCCAUGAGAUUUCUCUCAAAAGUCUACGCAAUAGACGAUGGGGCCAACUUUUUCUUGAUCUUGGUUUUAUAAUAAGCAGGGGCAAGGAUACCUAUGACAUAUCAAACAAAGACAACGUGCAUGCAGUUUGCGAGCUUAUGUCACUAUUUCAAGGUAGACUGGUUAUUAAGAGAGAGAAGAACAAUCAUAUCGAGUACGAAAACCCAGACUAUGCCACGUUUUUUAAUUCCGUUCAGGUUAUUUACAAGUUUGGAGAGCUUAGUUCUCUGACAUUGAGUAGUCGAUCAUAUGACGAGCGCACUAGACAAGAGACAGCAUUGAGUACCGUUGAGUAUGUGAUUGAGUACCUCAUGAAAUUAGAGCGUCACCAAAUAAUGGGAUUGAAUUAUGCAAACACAGACAUAAAUUUCCCUCCACUGGGAAAAUAUUUGAUGGAACCAAUUACUCAGAAAUAUAUAAAAGCAUCAGAUAUCGGCAAAGAUAAUGUUAGCUUUCUUCACCCUUUACACUCGUAUUUGUGCUCGUUGAUUGAAAAAGCACAGUUUCACGUGUGGGAUGGUUUAGUUGAAAGGUUCGCAAGAGUCAGGUCUAAUAUGGGAUUGCCAGACUCUUUUUUCAUUGAGUCCUUGGUAUUUGACUACCCAAUAAAAACUCUAGCACUAAUGUCGCAGAUCAAAUGCGGAUACUGGGUUCGAAAUGGGUUCACUGUAAAAUCGCAACUACAUAUGUACAAGAACACUGGAUUGCGCGAUUACGGGUACAUGAAAGAUUUGUUCUUGCUUCAAAUCUUUAGCAGUAUGUGUCAGCCAAACUUGGUCGCGUUUACGAUAUUGGAUCGUUGGCUACUUCAAGGUGAUUGGAAUUUGUCAUAUGAUGCACAAAUACUUCCUCUGAUCCUUGAGGAGUGUGUCACAAUGUUCAUACACUUGAUGACAGAGCAUUUGUCGUUGAAAGGGCUUGACGAUGCAGAGUUAGCAAAGAUUAGAAUUGAGAGGGAGAUUAUCCAUCAUUUGUGUUUCAAGCCUUUAAGCUAUAAAACGCUAUGCUCGUACAUAUCUGAAAAGCUGGUACUCGAUAAGCGGUUUGAGCUUAUUUUGAACAGAAUGUCAAAGUUUACCAGGCCAGUUGGUAAUAAUGAUGCAGGAGUCCUCGAACUAAAGGAAGAGUACUUGAGCGAGGUGGACCCAUAUUAUUUUGGUUACACCACCAAUACCAGAGAUGAUGCAAUCAAACUAGUUAAAGAGAGAAUCCACAGAGAAACUGGAGAAGCUAUGGACAACAUUGUUAUUCAACCCAACAUCGACGAUGAUGGAAUUUUGGACAUAUACAAGUACUGCGGGAACGUAUCUGUUUCUACAGAUUUUGUGAUUUUCUUGAUUAAAGUAUUGCAUUUUGUGUCAUUGCAAGAGUUUGACAAGAUAGAGAGCUUGUUAGAAACUACGUUACACUUGAUACACGUUUGCGCAAUGCAGAGAAACAUCAACACACACGAGCAUUUGUCGUUUCGCAUGUCGUUUAUGUCACUGGCACGAGACGUCCCUUUUUCAAUAUGGACUCUAUUAGGAAAGUUUCUUUUGGAUGACAAAUACAGGACAGUUCAUGCAAAAAUAAGAGCAAUUUUUCGCAAACUAGAGAUCUCGUACUCAGCUCUUGAACAAGUAAUGAGUCAGCAAUCACAAGCUCUUGGUUUGGAAUCCAUUGAUUUUAACAAAGAAAACAAGUGCAACACGGAAGAUGCAAUACUAAAGAAGAAGAAACUCGCUAAAGCAAGACAGUUGAAGCUAUUGAACAAAUUCAAGAAACAGCAGUCACAGUUCUUGGCUCAGCACUCAGAUAGUGCUGCAGAGUGCAGUGACGCUGAAAUGGAUGAAGAUCAAGUAAUAACUUCUCCCAGCUUGGACUUUGACCAUUGCAUUUUAUGUCAGAACACCAACGACGAUCCAGGUCCAUUUGGAAUCAUUGCACACAUUGGUAAUUCCUCGACAUUCAGAACUGUUCCGUUUGGGAGUGAAUAUUGGUUUUUGAAAUCCUUUUCGGAUCCAGCAAAUUUGAAUGGCGAUGGCCGUGCGAAAGAGACCCUGUACUCUGAAACUUGGAGGCAUUUCAUGACAAGUGUUAAAGAACAAUCUCCGUUUGGACCGGGGUUUGAUUCUAUCGAUAAUAUUGAAAGCAAAGUAACUGCACUGAGUUGCGGCCAUGGAAUGCACUUCAAGUGCUACUUAGAUUACCUUGAUGGUAUUAGGGCAAGACAGAGUCAGGUUACUCGAAACACACCGGAAAACCCAGAGCUGAAGGAGAUUCUUUGUCCCUUGUGUAAAGCAGUCAAUAAUGUUUUCAUACCGACUUUCAACUCCAGGCGGAAUCAAAGUAUGUACGAUGUUUUGCCAAGUCAUCAGCACCAUAAUCACCAUCCAAUUGACGACGAUCAAAUUUCUCAAUUGAUCGCGUCCAAAGGCUCUGGUCUCAAAGACUCAUAUAUUUUGGCGAAUUCUAAAUGGCUAGGUUGGUUUAACAAGAGUGAUAAAGAGAUAUGCACCGCUUGGAAGAAUGUUGCAAAUUCUAUUGCUCCCAUCAUUUUCCCCAGAUCAGUUGAAACGGCGUUGCCAAUUAUUCUAUCCAACACUAUAAAGUCACUGGAAAUUGCAUUGCGUGGAGCAGAGUCCAAUGGGGCAUUCGUGUUUGAGCAAGUUCCCCGCAAGUCUCUUGUUGUUAUGAAAGCGUUGAACGAGAUGUGUUUGUUGAUGCAAUUUCAAGCUGUUGGCUCACAUUAUAAGAUCAAUGAAGACGCUUUGGCAAAGGUGAUAGCAAGUAUUAUGUCAUUGACAACGACCGGAGUUAUCGAGUCCAUAAUGGAGGCGGAUUUUAUGGAUUUGUUGGUGGAGGCUACCCAAUUACCACAUUCAAAUAUUUCGUUCAAUGACGUUUUGGGAGUAACAUUUGUUGGACAUGUGAUCCAAUGCCUUUACAUAUUAACACGAGAAUUAAAGACCAACAUCUUGAUGAAGAAAUGGCGAUACGGUAUUCAUGAUGUUCCCUUACUUCCAGAAUCAGACCCACCUGCGAGAAUGGAAGUGCUAAGAUGCGUUGAAGUUUUAGGAGGUCGAUCCAUUAUUGCACAAGGGGGUAACAUUGGCGAUGUUCUAUACGCCAUGUUGGUCAAAGCAGUGACUCCCUUUUUGCGCAGAGCUUCAAUCUACGCAUUUUUGCGAGCCUUUAAUGCAGACCUGACCGAAUCAAAUGGGGACUGCAAAGUUUGGGAAGCUGAUGGAUUGUGCACUGUAAUGAAGAUACCAACUGUUUCACAAACUCUCAAGCACUUGACGAAUACAGGUACGUGGGAAGGCGAGGUGCUACAAAACUUUGCUACAACUUACACACUGGCAACCCAUAAACAAUUGGUUCCUAACCCAAAAUUGGAGUAUCCUGGAAUUCUAAGAUUGAUUGAUUUGCCAGAUAGGCUCGAUGAGUUUUUCACUGGGUACUAUUACCUGGAAAAGUUUGGCAAGCCAUACCAGCUGAUUGAGGACCCUGCUAUCUGCAUGGUGUGCGGUACUGUAGUCGACUUACAGAAACAAGCCUUUGGAACGACCGAGGGCCAAUGCACAGCACAUUACUCAAGGGAAUGUGGUAGUCAAGAUGGCAUAUUCUUUUUGCCAAAGGACAGGGCCAUGUUGUUACUACACAACUAUAAGGGUUCCUUUCACAGUGCACCUUAUUUGGACGAUCAAGGGGAGUUGGCCGAUGAAAACAAAAAGGGCAGAGUUUUGCAUUUGAUGCCUACUAGAUACAACGAUUUCGUGAGACAUAUUUGGUUAGAAAAUAAUGUUGCAAAUUGCAUUGCAAGAAAUUUGGAGAGCGUUUUGGAUCCAGGCGGAUGGGAAACUUUAUAG